UAAAAAAAAAAAAAAAAAAAUCUCCCGCAGAGUUCUCUACUCUUUUCUUCUGUUUCUCUGUCCACUCAUAUAUAUCUCUCCUCCUAAUAACAAAACCCAACAGCCAGCAGAUUAGUUACUACUUUUUUGAAUUUCAUCUUUUGUAACGUUGAAAUCAGUAAUCAGAUAAAUCUGUGGACUUUGUGAUUGGCUAAGUGUCUCGUCAAUUUGGGCAAAAUUUGUCACUACUUUUUUAUCUUUACAUUUCUAGCGCUGUCAUAAGAUCUGCAAUUUCUCCUCAAUUUCAACUUUCUCUCUACGCAUUUUCUCUGCCGCCGACACUUCUCCGAGUUCCAUAUUCUUCGAUCGUUCAGAAUGCUUUUGAUCUGUUUCUUCAGAAUUGAAACUUAGCAAUUCAAAUCUAUCUACGUAUUUGCUUUAGCUUACAACUCAAAAAAUGAUGGGAACGAAGACCAAAAUGAAUUGUAGUUCCGUUGGUAGCGAGAAUGAGUGGGAGCUGAGGCCAAGUGGAAUGCUGGUCCAGAAACGCAACCUGGAUUCUGAAAACUGUCCUCCUCCACCUACUAUUCGGGUUCGGGUCAAGUACCGCUCCGUUUACCACGAGAUCAAUAUCAGUUCUCAAGCAACUUUUGGAGAAUUGAAGAAGAUGUUGAGCGGUCCAACGGGGUUGCAUCACCAAGAUCAGAAGUUACUGUAUAAAGAGAAAGAAAGAGAAAAUAAAACAUUUCUUGAUAUAGCUGGAGUAAAGGACAAGUCCAAAAUUGUUCUAAUUGAAGACCCAAUUAGCCAAGAAAAACGGUACCUCGAGAUGAGGAAGACUGCUAAAGUGGAGAAGGCCGCUAAAACUAUUUCAUACAUCACUUUGGAAGUCGACAGGCUGUCUAGACAGGUUUCUGCGCUGGAAUCUGUAAUUUCUAAAGGUGGGAAAGUUGUAGAAAAGGAUGUGAUUAAUUUGACAGAGUUGUUAAUGAAUCAGCUCCUUCAAUUGGAUGGUAUUAUUGCUGAAGGUGAUAUAAAACUUCAGAGAAAAAAUCAGGUGAGAAAAGUGCAAAAGUGUGUUGAAACACUAGAUAUGUUGAAGAUGAAAAAUUCAAUGCCAACAAACAAUGGAAAUCACAAUCCAAAAGAGGGAUCUCCCCCAGCUCAUCAGCGUCAAGAUUAUAGGUAUUCGAAUGAGCAGGCACCAUCACCAGUUCAACAACAUCAAGACAGGCAUUCGUUUGGGAAUUCCCCGGUACAAAGCAAACAUCAGGAGCAAUCGAGGCACUCGACCUCAGGGUCUGUUGUCAUAACAACCCAAUGGGAAACAUUUGAUUCCACUCCAGCGCCAUUGCUGGAUCAUUUCUCAUCACCUACAACCACAUCAAGCACCCAUGCUGCAGCUGCCCAAUCACGACUCAGUUGGGAUUUGCUUUAAGUUAUAGACAAAAAGUGUUUCUGCUAGUUUGAGGGAUCGGCUGGUGUGAAUUUCUCCUUUCCCUUGUUGUUUUGGCACCUAUUCUCCAUUCUUUUCUGUAUCUAUGUUUCAUUUUAAAUCCCCUUUUAAUAAUCUCCAACUUGAGCAAUAACUGGGGGUUACCGCAUAAUAGUUACUGGAGUAUUAGGUUGUAUUUCCUCGUCGUUGGUCAUCAAUUUUCUAUGUAAUGUUUUUGGUGUUGAUAUGUAUGAUUAUACUAUUAUGUAUCUCGGAUUGUGGUCGAUAGAUAUAGUAUGUUCCUUAAAUAUGCAGAUUA